CUGUGUGCGCCUCAACCAACACUGCGACUAUCUGCGAGAGAAUGUUUGGGAUGAGGGAGAUCCAAACUCACAGGCUCAUGUAUGCACAAGCGGUGUAAAUGAAGAUUUGCUCGCGCGCGUGUCGUCCCUAGAAGCAAAGUUGACGCAACUGAACCAGUUGAAUGCGUUUAUGCCUACACUUGUUCAGGCUCUCGGACAGCCCAAUGCGCUGAGGCGUCCGUCGUGGGAACCCCCGGCCGAGACCUGGAGCGACAGAUCCCACAACUCACGUUCAAUGGGAAGCACGAGCCCUAAGUCACUGCUACAGUCGACUUUCCAUGAUCUGCCGCCGGCAUCCGUAAUUGAAAGUGCUUGCGACACUUUCUUUCAGUAUUGCCACAACCAACCCUACACAUUUUUCCACGAGGGCAGGUUCCGGCAACGUCUACAAGAGAGGACGUGGCCUGAUUACCUGAUCUUUGCUUUCUUAUCUUUGGCAAUUCGAUAUUCCAAUGACCCAUGGUUCGAGGGGAACCACGCCCAGGCUCAGGAUGAGUAUGCCUCGAGGUCGUGGCAACUAAUUGUCACAUCUGGGUGUGCGGUGGAAGAGGGUGCAGACACGGCGGUUGUGCAGGCAAUCUCACUUCUCGCCGUCGUCGAUUCAACCGCUGGUCGGAGGCGCGCUGCGUGGGUCAAGAUUGGACUGAGUAUACGGCUCAGUCAAGAUCUUCAUCUCAUGAUGGAGCCCGAUCCGACACUACCCAUCAUUGAACAGGAGGAGCGCCGGCGACUCUUCUGGUCCAUCUACCUUCUUGAUCGUUUUGUUUCAUGCUCCAAACAACGACCUCCCGUCAUCCUGGACCCGGAUUGUCAAGUCCAACUCCCUUGUGAUGAGCUAGAUUUUCGACAAGGCAUCGCAUGUAAAACGAACACUCUGACGAAUCUCGGCACCGGUGCCGGAGAUGGUCCUUCGACCUACCGCCCCGGCCAGUUUGCCCUCCUGGUGUUGAUGGUCUGCGUGCUAGGCCGAUGUGCAAGGUACAUCCUCGACAAUCGGCAUUCGACUGGCGAGCGUGCUCCUUUCCAUCCACAAUCGGAUUAUGUGACAAUGUCUUCGGUGCUACUCUAUUAUGAAUCAUUCAUCGACAGUGGCAGUGAGAUGCAGGAGAUCAUUCGCGUUUCAAUGCUCAAGCCAGACGGCUCGGUCGAUCAACAGUUGGCUGGUCACAUGGUAUUGGUCAGAGUGCUUUUUCACCUCUGCAGCUGCUUGCUAAAUCAUCCUUUCCUCCUGCGAGAACGUGUGAUUGCAACUCAAGCAAAGACACCCACCCCUUGGCUAGCACGAUCGUUGGAAACGGGUCUCGAACACGCUGGGCGCUUGACAAAAGCUUACCGUGAUGCGAAGAAUGCAGGAUGCAAAGUGUCGGGUUCGUUCUACGGCUAUUGCUUGUUGAUUGCUGGCACCAUUCACGCGUUGUACACGCAUUGUCCGAACCCAGAGGUGCAGCAGGAAGCGAUGGAGAAUUUGGUUGCGGAAAUCGGCUAUCUGGAUGAGAUUGCGAGAUUCUGGAAAAACUCGACCCUGAUAGCAACGGGCCUCAGGGCCUUCUGGGCCCACAGCGCCAAGUUCAGCGACCUUCUCAAUCCCCAACCCUUGCCUUACCCGUACAGUGGUUCUGAUCUCCACAUCCUUUGGACUUCUGUUGACUACGGCCUCAUGUCAGGCCCAGACCGACCUUUGUCACAAAACGCGCUUGCAGAAAACUCUUCACCGCCUGCGUGGGGUCUGUCGCCCUGGAAAGACGAAAAUGAAUUUGAUGGAUCCAUGGCGGCCCCAGAUUACGGGUUGUUGUUGAAUAACUUCGAGAAUGGGUGCAACACUACCAAUGAGACCUCCAACAGAGCUUCAGCGCAUCAAACGUCUGUUAACAGUGCACCGUUCUUCCUGCUCAAUGAUGGCAUAUUGGACCAGUCUCGGCCCGACACCGAUUUCGCCGUGACAAACUCCAACUUGUUCAAUGCCAACAACGAUCAACCAUUUCGGACUGGCUUGACACGGACACAUUCAAUCACAUGAGCCUACUGAAUCGUCCGUCGCUAGAGGCUGUGCCGAUAUAUAGAAUGUGGAUAGUCUACCGCGACCGAAAGACUCUCGCAGCUAGGGACGUUUCUUUGCAAUGACUUUCAGAACAUCUAAAUAAAGGUCAACGUCCUUGCAGGCGUUCAGGAGGUCGUGCAAUAUGUCUCCCAGACACAAAAAC